AUGCGCUACGAAAACUGGGACAUCCUCCUCUUCCCGGAGGGCUGCAGAGUCCCCAUCCAGGAAUUCAAAACCCAAUGCUUCGUCACCAAAGACAUUGAAUCGCCCUAUCUCCAGAACCCCACCAUCAUCACCCCCAACACCUACUAUCCUGUCCAGGGCAGUUACGGCCAGAUACCCAUUUUGACCACGUUCGUCCCGAGUCUGCCCAGGGACAGCCCCUUUCGCGUGUCGAUUCAUAGCUGGGAGAAGCCCCGGCCGAGUCGGUUUACUGAGCGCUUGAUGCAGCCGGAUGAUGUGCUGCUGUAUGAGGCGCGGGUUUUCGUAGAUGGAUCGUGUGUUGCGGGAGGCGUUUUUGGGCAGAGGGCGGCAUGGCCAUAUGUCCUCAAUAUCGACCGCGAGGGUAAUCAUGACUGUCUUCGCUUCCCUCCCUUCCACGCCGAGGUCCUGGACCAGCGGCACUGGAAUGCUGCCGAUACGCUCGGCCGGAUUCGAGUUGUGCUUGCGGAAGGCUUUGCUCGUCCGAAUCGCUCGCCACCGUUUGAGAGAGUCAAGGAUGUCAUUGUCUUGUCUUUUCAGCAUGCACCUCUGCAUAUCUUGGAAUAUUCUAAAAUCGCUUGGCCAAACCCCGGUAUGUGGUCCGAACUGAUUCCACGGACUGCAUACAAGUUCGGCCACCACAACAGUUUCCUAGAAUUGAAGGAGCCCGAAAACACUCAUGGCCACUCGCCCAGCAAGUCUGACAUACGUGAUCCGGUGACGCUGAGCAGUCAGUCCAGUAGCAGCCAGCCCAUCGUCUACAACAACGCAUGGGCUUCUGGCCGCGCCUUUCCCGUCCCGAUGUCCCAGUGGCACCCGCACACUGCGCAGAACAACCCACGCGAUCCCCGAUGGGGAGGAAACCAAGAGCGCUAUCAGGAGCCGUUCAUGAUUGAGCCUGCUAUUGACCCUUUUGGCAAUGAGGCGAUCUGGCAUCAUCGCGGUGCGCGGUCGUCCCGCGAAGAUAUUCCCAUGCCAGACUACUCCAGCUCCUCAAGCAGCCGCGCCAUCUCGAGCAUGACGGGUAUCAGCUACGAACACAGCAAGCAGCCCAGCAUGACAGUGCCUAUGGAUGACGACCAGUAUAAUCUACUAAUUGACGCUCUGACACCCACCAAGCCACCUGCCAUCGGCACUCGCGCCCCCUCGAACACACCCUCCACCAUGGCCGCGAAGCCAUCCGCGGUACCCCAGGCUCCCCGGACAAGCAAUAGCCAUGGAGCAAGCAGGGGCUCGGCUCUGCGUGAGAUCUCCCAGUCCAGCACCCGCGAAGUCUCUGGUUCAAGCUUGACACCUAGCGUGUCCAAUACUCCGGCGGAGAAAGAUGCUGCUCCUUCUAAGAUUGGGGCUAGUCCUAGCGGCAAUGUCAAGAGCAGGAAGGAGGGCUCGAAGGAGAAUUCGGAGGACUCGCCAAAGAAGAGCUCGCCUGCCAAGGGGAAUGACUUGGUGGUUAUCAAGAAGGUCAUCCUCGCAGAUCCGAAAGUUGGCGGCACUCAGGAGGACGUUGGCGAGGACAAGGAGAAUACUAAUGUUGUGCUGGAAAAAGAGAAGGAGAUUGUUGAUGGCAAUGAGAGCGCCGUUAAUGCCGAGCUGUAG